AUGUCUACCGCCAUUAUGAACGGGACCGCGACUUCGGUCUUCCUCUCCUGCACGCCGACGCCCGCGACGCAGACCGUCUUCACCACGGUCUACGUGACCACGCUGCCGGCGGCCUGCGCGACUAGCUCGUGGAUGGCCACCUACACGGUCUCCGAGAUCUGCAGCGGCAGCCCGGCCGACUACCGCCCCGGGCCCAUCCCGGCCGGGUUCGUCGUCACCACCGUCACCUGCCCCUCCUGCAAACCCACCGAGCUCACCAUUACCUGCCCCGGUGCCCAGCCCACCGGUGCUGCUCGUACCGUCUUCAUCGAGGGCAACGGCGUCACUGCCUCUAUCACCCCCUCGCCGGUUGCCCCUGGUGGUGGAAACGGCGCUGGUGUCCCCCCUCCCAGCCCCCCAAUCGCUACUGCUGGCGCCCCGGCAGUCAGGAGUAUCGUGACGCUCUCCCUUAUGGUCGUCGCCGCGGUGCCAUUCGCGCUUCUAUAG